CCGCCUCCCCAGCACUACGAUGACGUAAUGAAAGCUAAAAUGGUGGCUCAUAAAUUCGACUUGGCGUUAUACAUAUUUCCUUUUAAUUUGAUCCGAAACCAAGAUGGUGACUGGAACACUGUUCACCUAUCCAGAAAGCCAUAGAGCAUACAAAAUACUUAUUGCGGCUGGCUACAGUGGAGCUGAUGUAAAAGUUGAUCCGAACUUUGAAUUUGGCAAAACCAAUGCUACAACAGAUUUUUUGAAGAAGUUUCCGUUAGGACAGGUGCCAGCAUUUGAAGAUGGAAGUGGGAUUUGCUUAGCUGAGAGUAAUGCUAUUGCUUUUUAUGUAGCAAAUGAGACGCUACGUGGUGGGUCAAAUGCUGUUGACCAAGCUUUGGUACAAGAAUACAUUUCAUUCGCAGAAAAUGAGAUUCUUCCAUCAGCAUGCACAUGGACUUUUCCAACUCUUGGAUUCAAACAAUAUAAUAAACAAGAAACUGAAAAGGCCAUAAACCAUGUCAAAAAAUGUAUGUCUUUAUUGAAUGACUUUCUAUUGACAAGAACCUUCCUGGUUGGUGAACGAGUAACAUUAGCUGAUAUUGCUGUUUGUUGUUCCCUGCUUACCCUGUAUGUGCAGGUCUUUGAUGAUAACUUUCGAGAGCCAUAUGGUAAUGUGAACAGAUGGUUUACAACUUGCAUUAAUCAACCAAUCUUUAAAAAUGUUAUUGGUGAUGUUAAAUUGUGUGAAAAAAUGGCUGUGUUUGAUUCAAAACGUUAUAAUGAGCUCCACCCAAAAAAAGGCAAAGAACCAAAACCGAAACAGGAAAAAAAGGAGGAGAAACCAAAGGAAGUGGCUGCGGAAGCACCUGCACCGAAAAAGAAAAUCGAUUACUUUGCUGAUGUUCCAAAAAGUGACUUUAUAAUGGACACGUGGAAGAAAAUGUACUCCAACAACGAAGUCGAAGUUUCCCUACCAUGGCUGUGGGAACAUUUUGAUCCCAAGGCAUACAGCUUCUGGUACUGUGAAUACAAGUAUCCUGAGGAGCAAACGUUAGAAUUUUUAGCAACAAACGCGGUUAAUGGGUUUUUUCAACGAAUUGAAGGGCUGCACAAACACAGCUUUGGUGUUAUCAAUAUAUGUAAAGAAACGAAGGGUCAUAGCAUAAGAGGAGUGUGGUUACACCGCGGAUUAAAGAAUGCUUUUUUUCUCAAUCCAGAUUGGAGUACUGAUGCCGAACAUUAUAACUUCCGUCAGCUAGACCACAACAAUGCCGAAGAUAAAAAGAUAAUAGAAGGCCACUGUGCUGGGGAAGGAGAAUUCUUCGGAGAGAACCAACCUGUAGAUUACAAAUGCUUCAAAUAAAUGUGUAAACUUGAAUAAAUUAAAUAGAAAUUGUCCGCCUUAAA